AAAUGUCAAAGGAAGAAAUGGAAUUGAAAUAGUUGAAAAUGAAAAAAUUCUCAGCGUAGAUCGUGAAAAUAUUGCGGAAAUGUUUGGUGAAGAAUUUGCAGAACUGCAAAUAAAAUAUCAGUGGAAACUUCAAAAAGAUUUGUUCAAUAAAAUUUCCAAGCAAUUAAAUGCUUUGCAGUGAGUGCUCUACGUUUAAAACAUAUCAAAAGUGCGUCAGGUACUUGGUUGCACGGUUGCUGCAAUAGUCGUGGAAAAGGCAACGUGAAAAUCUAAAAUAAAUCAUACAUAUGCUAAAAUGCCGUCAAACGAAGUGGUGCAACAGUAAAAAAGCAAAUCACACAGCAAUUUCGACAAAAUAAAGAUAUCACGAGUAGAAAGACAGUAAAACACAACGCGCGCACUCCAAUAAAAUUUGCAUUUCCAAAUUGAACACAUAUAUAUUUCGUUAUUCCUUUCAAUAUAUUCGGUCGUACACGGUCAUACGUUCGAACGUGUUUUCCGGCGCUGGUACGCUGUUUUGGUGGACGCGCAACACGUAAAUUAUAUGCGAAAAUAUGGGUGGUUGCAUUGGCAUACACAGCACCGACAAUGAGACAGUCAGUGUGUCUUCAGCGAGUUUAUCGAGGCCACCAACAGGCGCGGGCGGCGCCCAAACGGGUCCAUCGCGUAAAAAUCGCCCACUGUGCAAUGAGACAAUACGCUGGCGUUCCGAUGUGCCAUUGACGGAGGGUCAACUACGUUCCAAACGUGAUGAAUUCUGGGAUACUGCGCCGGCGUUCGACGGUCGCAAAGAAAUUUGGGAUGCGCUGCGGGCAGCCACAAACGCGGCGGAGGAGUUAAACUUCGAAAUGGCGCAGGCAAUACUUGACGGAGCGAAUAUAUCGGUGCCCAAUGGUUACCUCACAGAAUGUUAUGAUGAACUUGGCACACAAUACAAAGUGCCAAUAUACUGUCUGUCUUAUCCUAUAAAUAUCGUUAAAGAGGAGAAUGGACGUGAUUCACCAGCGGAAUUCUCAGAGCCCGUCGACGGUGGCACUGAAGUAUUCCUAAAACUGCGAAUAUCGUCCACAAUGUUGGAUGUCAAAUUACCAGUAUAUUCAAAAGACACUGUGGGACAGUGCAAAAAGAAAUUGCAGGCUGUGGAAGGCAUCGACGCCUGCUGUCAGCGUUGGUUCUACAGUGGCAAAUUACUUGGCGACAAAGUGCCCAUAGACGAGUGCAACAUACAGAACGGCUAUGUCGUACAGGUCAUUGUCAAUACGGAGCAUUACAAUCACGAUAGCAGCACAAUUAUACCGGUUGCGAGCUAGCCAAGUGUUAACGCUAAUGCAAAAUGUAAAAAAAUAUUAGCAACGAUUACAGCAACAGCAGCGACAGCAACGACAAUGUCAAUGCGAACGCUAAUAACAACAACAACAACAACAAUGUCGAAAGCCACAACAG